CCCCGGUAGUGAAGUUGGGGAGCCGAGGAGCGCGAGCGCGGGAGUUAGAGCCCUGGAACCAUGGUCGGACCCUUGAGCGAGGGGGCCAUUGCGGCCAUAAUGCAACAGGGAGAUACAUCCAUAAAACCUAUACUCCAGGUCAUUAACAUCCGUCCCAUCACAACAGGGAAUAGUCCACCGCGCUAUCGACUGCUUAUGAGUGAUGGAUUGAACACUCUGUCAUCUUUUAUGUUGGCAACACAGUUGAACCCUCUUGUUGAGGAAGAACGGUUGUCCAGUAAUUGUAUUUGCCAAAUUAACCGAUUUAUUGUUAACACUCUGAAAGAUGGAAGGAGAGUAGUUAUUUUGAUGGACUUAGAAGUUUUGAAAUCAGCUGAAACAGUUGGAAUGAAAAUUGGUAAUCCAGUGCCCUAUAAUGAAGGACAAGGGCAGCAGCAAGUAGUUCCUUCCCCCAUCUCAGCAGUCAGUGCACCAACCAGCAAGCCCCAGCAACAGAAUGGGAGCUCGGGAGUGGGUUCUACUGCAUCUAAGGCUUUUGGUGCUCCAAAGACAUUUGGAAAACCUGGAGGAACCAGCCUAUCAUAUCCUUCUGGGGGGACGCAGUCCAAAGUGGUACCCAUUGCCAGCCUCACCCCUUACCAGUCCAAGUGGACUAUUUGUGCUCGUGUUACCAACAAAAGUCAAAUCCGUACCUGGAGCAAUUCUCGAGGAGAAGGGAAACUUUUUUCUAUAGAACUGGUUGAUGAAAGUGGUGAAAUCAGAGCUACUGCAUUCAAUGAACAAGUGGACAAGUUCUUUCCCCUUAUUGAAGUUAACAAGGUGUAUUAUUUCUCAAAAGGCACCCUGAAGAUCGCUAACAAACAAUUCUCUGCUGUUAAAAAUGACUAUGAAAUGACUUUCAAUAAUGAGACUUCUGUCAUGCCUUGUGAAGAUGAUCAUCAUUUACCUACGGUUCAGUUUGAUUUCACAGGGAUUGGUGACUUAGAGAAUAAGCCUAAAGACUCACUUGUAGACAUAAUUGGGAUCUGCAAGAGCUAUGAAGAUGCUACUAAAAUCACAGUAAAGUCAACCAACAGAGAAGUUUCUAAAAGAAAUAUCUAUUUAAUGGACAUGUCAGGGAAAGUGGUGAAUGCUACUCUGUGGGGAGAAGAUGCUGACAAGUUUGAUGGUUCUAGACAGCCCGUGAUGGCCAUUAAAGGAGCCAGAGUUUCCGAUUUUGGUGGACGGAGCCUUUCCAUAUUGUCUUCAAGUACUAUCAUUGUGAAUCCUGACAUCCCAGAGGCCUAUAAGCUUCGUGGAUGGUUUGACUCAGAAGGACAAGCCUUAGAUGGUGUUUCCAUCUCUGAUCUGAAGAGUGGAGGAGUAGGAGGAAGCAACACCAAUUGGAAAACCUUGUAUGAGGUUAAAUCAGAGAAUCUGGGCCAAGGUGACAAGGCAGACUAUUUUAGCUCUGUGGCAACAGUGGUGUAUCUUCGCAAAGAGAACUGUAUGUACCAGGCUUGCCCAACUCAGGACUGCAAUAAGAAAGUGAUUGACCAACAGAAUGGAUUGUACCGCUGUGAAAAGUGCGAUAGUGAAUUUGCCAAUUUUAAAUACCGCAUGAUCUUGUCGGCAAAUAUUGCGGAUUUUCAAGAAAAUCAGUGGGUGACUUGUUUCCAGGAGUCUGCUGAAGCUAUCCUCGGACAAAACGCUGCUUAUCUUGGGGAAUUAAAAGAGAAGAAUGAGCAGGCAUUUGAAGAAGUUUUCCAGAACGCCAACUUUCGAUCUUUCACAUUCAAAAUCAGGGUCAAACUGGAGACCUACAAUGAUGAGUCUCGAAUUAAGGCCACUGUGAUGGACGUGAAGCCCGUGGACUACAGAGACUACGGCAAAAGACUGAUCAUGAACAUCAGGAGAAACGCGGCGAUGUAAGAGAGCAGUUCAGCGCUGAUUGGGCAGAAGUUUGAAAGCUAAAAUGGAGUCAGUCUCGUUCCUACCCCCACAUGAUAGUCAAGAGUUAGAGCACCUCUGUGGUGGACUGGCAGUUUCCCUCUGAGUGCCUCAUGGGACCCAGGCAAAGGACAAAGUGCUCAGAGGGCUGUAGUGCAAACUCUCAGACCCAGGCCCUCUCUCUGACUUCAGGCUUUUGCUGAUUUUAUUAAAAUUUCUUUAUCUUCAAGCAGCAAUUAUGUCACAAGUAAUUGACCCUAACUCUGCAAACAGUGAAUUAAAUUAUGUCACUCAAGUUUUGCUUCUCCAGUGGUGACGCCUUCAACUUGGGUUCCUCCUGCAGGGAGCUAGGCGCGUUGGUGAGGAACCCAGGCAUUGAGUCUGUGUGUCUUCCUGGAAUUCAAAGCCUCUCUCUAGAGGUGCCACAUCAUCGUUAAAGCUUGGAAUGGCGGUAGGGUAGAAUUAUUAAUCAAAGGCAUAUCUUUAUAUCUGAAGACUAUCCUUCCUUCAGGGUUUAAUAGAUUUAAUAGACUGCGUCAGAUGGGUCUGAUAUUAAUCAAAAUUGUUUCUUGUGAGGAUGGCUGAUAAGCAUUGACUUGCUGUCCCCCAGGGACAUGCAGGCAACUACAAAGCAUUGCUGGAGUUUUCACUUCGAUUAAUGCUGCAUUUGGUUGGUGAACGACACUGUGUCUACCUGUACAUCAUUUCUUGUGUUUGUGUGUUUCAUUUCUUGAUUAAAGCUACGUUAAAUAGAAAGGAUUUUGAAGAGAAGAAGCCUUUUGUUUCCCUUACUUUGUUUUAAUAAACAGUAUAUUCUAUGCAUGUGAAUCCUACUUUCUUUGAAUGCAAAGGGUUCUUGUAACUGGAAAGCAAUUAAUUAGCCUUCAUAAUAAAUGUUCACUUGGGAGAGAUGUUAACUCGUUACAAACUUGGAGAUUAGUCCAAGGCCUGGAGAUCAUUCUUGCUAAUGUUUGCAACCCCAAAAUGCAUCUUUAAAAGAAUGAAAACACAAAAAAGAAAAGCCAUUGUGCCCAAGAAUGCUGAUGAUCUGGCACUUUGGGAUUUUUAUUGAUGUUUACACAGCAGUCUAACACCAACCAGGCUUUGAAAUGUGUACAGACAGUGAGCCAGUAAGAAAACAGUAAUUAUGCUACUGGGCUUUUCAGUCAGCAAGAGCAUGCUUGCGCUGUGUGUUCCUAAUCAUAUUAAUUAUCUAUCCAGUUGCUGCAACACACCGCUUGGCAUUUGCUGCACAUCUCUCCAAGUAUGCGGGCAGUGUUGCAGUCGGCCUGCAGCUGCGGUCCUGGUUUCUAAUUUGUGUAGAUGCAACAUGUGGAGGCUUUGUGGACCCCAAGAGUGAUGCCACCCUGUCUGUUUCAUCCUCAGCUCUCCUUUUUCAAGAGGAAGCAGCCAACCUUAGACUGAAUGACUCCAAUUGCUGAGAACAGACAGAAUGGCUUCCUUUGAGGCCCACUGAGGGUUGAGAUUCAUUUCUCCUUACCCUUCCCUCAUCUCAGAAGAAGGGAAUUGGGUUGCACUUGAUUCUCUGGCUGAGGUCUCACCAAUAUUUAAGGAAACUCUUUUUCUGUCUGACCUUGCUGAUCAAGCAUUGACUAGAAAAUUAUAGUCUUCAGUGCUGUUUGGGAUUGACAAAUUGUGGGUUGGAGAUGGUAAUCUAGCUUUCAGUCCAGUAACCAGUCUUUUAUAUCUACUAUUCCCGACAUUCCUCCUUCUCCCCAGCAUGUAUCUGUCUGCCCAGUGAAGGGGACUGACUAGCAGCCCUACCAGCAUAUGUCCGAGGAUGCUGGACCAGUCUCCAUACUUGGUCCUCGGCCAGUGCAAGGAAAGCAGCAUAUCUACAUGGAUGCGAUUAGAAACCCAGGGGGAGUGAGAGGGAGGGGGCUCCCUGGAGGGAGGAUGCUUAACAGAUUUCCCUACUAAAAAAUCAGAUCACCAGCAGAGCAGCCUCAGAAAUUGGCUCCACUGUUUUGCUUUUAAGAGAUUUAGGUCCCAGAGGGUUGCCUAAGUAGAUUCUGGCCCACAGUUCUUAGAAUUCUCUUGGAUAUAGUUUACCUUGAAAGGCCGUUCAUGUUGUUCUAUUUCUCAUCUUUCAUUUAGAGAUCAAUGUUUAUUUUGCGUACAGUGUGACAUCAGCAUUAAGCAAUUAGGGAAAAAAUCUAAUCAUUUCGCCUUUAUUUUAAAUGGUUCUUGAAUUCUCCUCAGUCUCAUUGUGAAAAAAGAAAAAAUAAAUAAAUAAAAAGGUAAUAAUCUGAUUUCUGUCCAUAUUUUCAGUGUUUUAUGCUUUCCAUUAAAGCCUUACUAAUCUCUA